AUGUGUGGUGUCGGGUUCAUCUGUCAUAUCAAGGGUAAUGGCAACCACAAGAUUGUGAGCGAUGCCCGCAGCAUCCUCUGCAACAUGACCCAUCGCGGCGCCACCGGUGCAGACGCCCGCGAUGGUGACGGUGCCGGUGUCAUGACCGGUAUCCCGCACGAGUUCUUCCUGCGCGAGUGCCCCCACUCGUUCGCCGCCCAGCUCCCCGAAGAGGGCCACUAUGCCGUCGGCAACCUCUUCUUCUCAAAGGUCGAGUACGAGUCGCAGCAAAAGGCCUUUGAGGAGGUCGCCGCCGAGCUCGGCCUGCGUACCCUCGGCUGGCGUCUGGUCCCCACCGACAACUCGAUCCUCGGCCCGGCCUCCAAGAGCCGCGAGCCCCGUAUCAUGCAGCCCUUUGUAGUCCUCGCCGCCCACUAUGGCUCGGGCGACGUGUCCGCCCACGGCGAGUUUGACGAGCGCCAGUUCCAGCGCCAGCUCUACGUCCUCCGCAAGAGCGCUACCCACAGGAUUGGCCUCAAGCAGGGCUUUUACAUUUGCUCGCUCACGCCGAGCAACAUCAUCUACAAGGGCCAGCUCUCCCCCGUCCAGGUCUACAACUACUACCAUGACCUGAACCACGCCCUCUAUGCGUCGCACUUUGCCCUUGUGCACUCGCGUUUCUCGACCAACACGUUCCCCUCGUGGGACCGCGCUCAGCCCAUGCGCUGGGCCGCCCACAACGGUGAAAUCAACACCGUCAUGGGUAACAAGAACUGGAUGCGUGCCCGUGAGGGUCACCUCAAGUCGGAGCGCUUUGGCGAGGACCUCCAGGCCCUCUACCCCAUUGUCGAGACUGGCGGUUCCGACUCGGCGGCGUUUGACAACGUCCUCGAGCUCCUGACCGUCAACGGCGUCCUCACCUUGCCCGAGGCCGUCAUGAUGAUGGUCCCCGAGGCAUGGCAGAACAAUGACCUCAUGGAGCCCGAGAAGAAGGCCUUUUACCAGUGGGCCGGCUGCCUCAUGGAGCCAUGGGACGGCCCCGCCCUCUUCACCUUCUCGGACGGCCGUUUCUGCGGUGCCAACCUCGACCGCAACGGUCUCCGUCCCUGCCGCUACGUCGUCACCUCGGACGACAUUAUGGUGUGCGCCUCCGAGGUCGGCACCAUUACCAUUGAGCCCGAGCGUAUCAUUCAGAAGGGCCGUCUCAAGCCCGGCCGUAUGCUGCUUGUCGACACCAAGGAGGGCCGUAUCGUCGACGACCGCGAGCUCAAGCUCAACACUGCCCGCCGCCAGCCCUUUGCUUCGUGGAUGGACAGCCAGACCAUGCGUCUUCCCGAGGUCGUCCGCCGCGUCGCCCGCCACAACGACAUUGAGGUCAAGCUCGACCCGGUCCCGGUCGCCCAGGACCCCCGCCUCAUGGCCUUUGGCUUUACCCUCGAGCAGCUCUCGAUGCUCAUGGUCCCCAUGGUCCAGGACGGCCACGAGGCCCUCGGCUCGAUGGGUAACGAUGCCGCGCUCGCGUGCGUCUCGGGCACUCCCCGCACCGUCUACGACUACUUCCGCCAGCUCUUUGCGCAGGUCACCAACCCCCCCAUCGACCCUAUCCGCGAGUCUAUUGUCAUGUCGCUCGAGACCAUGGUCGGUCCCGAGGGCAACCUCCUCGAGAUCACCGCCAAGCAGUGCCACCGUCUCCACCUCAAGUCGCCCAUCCUCACCAUCCAGGAGAUGAACGCCAUCCGCAACUUCAAGGAGGCCUAUGCCGACUGGUCGUCGACCGUCAUUGACAUUACCUUUGACAAGAGCGAGGGCCUGCCCGGCUUCCGCGCCUGCGUCGAGCGUGUCCGCUCCGAGGCCCUGGCCGCCGUCAACGAGGGCUACAAGAUUGUCAUCCUCUCGGACCGCGCCACCGGCCCCGACCGUGUGGCUCUCUCCACCCUCCUCGCUACCGGUGGUGUCCACCACUACCUCGUCUCGCAGAAGAAGCGUUCCGACGUGGCCAUCAUGGUCGAGACCGCCGAGGCCCGCGAGGUCCACCACAUGUGUGUCCUCUUUGGCUACGGUGCCGAUGCCAUCUGCCCCUGGCUCGUCAUGGAGAUGAUCUACAAGAUUGAGCGCGAGGGCAUGGCCAAGGACGGCCAGUCGGCCGAGGAGCUUAUUGGCAACUACCGCAAGGCCAACGAGGAAGGUAUCCUCAAGGUCCUGUCCAAGAUGGGUGUCUCGACCCUUGCCUCGUACAAGGGUGCCCAGCUCUUUGAGGCUCUCGGCAUCCACGAGGAGGUCAUCAAGGAGUGCUUUAUCGGCACGGCCUCGCGUGUCCAGGGCGCCACCUACGAGCUGCUCGCCAUGGACGCGUUCGAGUUCCACGAGCGCGCAUGGCCGUCCCGCUCGACCGUCCGUAUCCCCGGUCUCCCCGAGUCGGGCGAGUACCACUACCGCCAGGGCUCGGAGAUGCGCAUCAACGACCCCGUCUCCAUUGCCUCGCUCCAGGACGCUGUCCGCACCAAGAACCAAAAGGCCUACGACACGUACGCCAAGAACUCGCGCGAGUCGACCAAGCGCGCCACGCUCCGUGGUAUGCUCGACUUUGACUUUUCCAAGGCCACCCCGGUCCCCAUUGACCAGGUCGAGCCCUGGAACGAGAUUGUGCGCCGGUGCGUCACCGGUGCCAUGUCGUACGGCUCCAUCUCGAUGGAGUCGCACACGACCCUCGCCGUCGCCAUGAACCGUCUCGGCGGCAAGUCGAACACUGGUGAAGGUGGCGAGGACGCCGAGCGCUCCAUCCCCAUCCCGGGCCCCGGCCACCAGACCGAGGGCCACGGCUACACCCACGCCAUGGAGCUGCUCCCCGUCUGGGACUCGCGCCGCUCGGCCAUCAAGCAGGUCGCCUCGGGCCGUUUCGGUGUCACCUCCAACUACCUCGCCGACUCGGACGAGCUCCAGAUCAAGAUGGCCCAGGGCGCCAAGCCCGGAGAGGGCGGUGAGCUGCCCGGCCACAAGGUCUCCAACUCGAUCGGUCGCACCCGUCACUCGACUCCCGGUGUCACCCUCGUGUCGCCUCCUCCUCACCACGACAUUUACUCAAUCGAGGACUUGAAGCAGCUCAUCUACGACCUCAAGUCGUCCAACCCGCGCGCCCGCGUGUCGGUCAAGCUCGUCUCCGAGGUCGGUGUCGGUAUCGUCGCCUCGGGUGUCGCCAAGGCCAAGGCCGACCACAUCACCAUCUCGGGCCACGACGGUGGUACUGGUGCCGCCAAGUGGACGUCGAUCAAGUACGCCGGUCUCCCCUGGGAGCUUGGUCUUGCCGAGACCCACCAGACGCUCGUGCUCAACGACCUCCGUGGCCGUGUCACUGUCCAGACCGACGGCCAGAUCCGUACCGGUCGCGACAUUGCCAUUGCUACCCUCCUCGGUGCCGAGGAGUGGGGUUUCGCCACCACCCCUCUCAUCGCCAUGGGCUGUAUCAUGAUGAAGGCGUGCCACAAGAACACUUGCCCCGUCGGUAUCGCCACCCAGGACCCGGCCCUGCGUGCCAAGUUUGCCGGCCAGCCCGAGCAGGUCAUCAACUUCUUCUACUAUAUCAUUGAGGAGCUGCGUGCCGUCAUGGCCAAGCUCGGUAUCCGUACCAUCAACGAGAUGAUCGGUCGUGCAGACCUGCUCGUGGUUGACGAGACCCUCCGCACCCCCAAGACCCAGCACCUGGACCUCUCUUGCAUCCUCAAGCCCGCCCACCUCCUCCGUUCCGGUGUGGCCACGUACCGCGUCCGUCCCCAGGACCACAAGCUCUACGUCCGUCUCGACAACAAGUUUAUCGACGAGGCCGAGCCGGCGCUCACCAAGGGUCUCCCCGUCGAGAUUGACUGCGACGUCGUCAACACGGACCGUGCCCUCGGCACCACUCUUUCGUACCACGUUUCCAAGCGUUACGGAGAGGCCGGUCUUCCUCGCGACACCAUCCGCAUCAACAUGAAGGGUUCGGCUGGCCAGUCGCUCGGCGCCUUCCUGGCGCCCGGUGUCACCAUCGAGCUCGAGGGCGACGCCAACGACUACGUCGGCAAGGGCCUGUCGGGCGGCCGUCUCAUCGUCUACCCUCCCAAGAAGUCGACGUUCAAGGCCGAGGAGAACAUUAUCAUCGGCAACGUGUGCUUCUUUGGCGCCACGUCGGGCCAGGCCUUUGUCCGCGGUGUCGCAGCCGAGCGUUUCGCCGUCCGCAACUCGGGCGCCACCCUCGUCGUCGAGGGUACCGGUGACCACGGAUGCGAGUACAUGACCGGUGGCCGCGUCGUCGUGCUCGGCCUCACCGGCCGCAACUUUGCCGCGGGCAUGUCGGGCGGUGUCGCCUACGUCCUCGACAUGGCCCACUCGUUUGCGCCCAAGUGCAACAUGGGCACUGUCGAGCUGGGCAAGGUCGAGAACCCCCAGGAGAUUGCCGAGCUCCGCUCGCUCAUCGAGGAGCACCGCCACUACACUGGCUCGGAGAUUGCCGACCGCGUCCUGCGCAACUUCCACCACUUCCUGCCCAUGUUCGUCCGUGUCAUGCCCCUCGACUACAAGCGCGUGCUUGCCGAGCAGGCCGCGGCCGCCGCCGAGGCCAAGAAGAAGCAGAGCGUCAUCGACCUCAUCCCCUCGCAGACUGCGUCGCAGGUCGACCUUGUGGCCACGGGCUUUGACUCGAGCCUGCCCCGCUCCACCUCGGCGCUCACCAUCUCGACCCCUCGCCCCAUCAUGACCGCUCCCCCUUCGCCUAAGCUCAACGGCGACGCCACCGUCCUGGACAUGGAGGACGCCAUGCUCGACGAGGAGGCCGCCAAGCUCAAGGCUACCAAGUUUGACAAGCUCCGCGGCUUUAUGAAGUACAAGCGUCUCAACGAGGCGUACCGCCCCCCGCGCAAGCGUGUCAAGGACUGGAAGGAGAUUUCGAACCGUCUGUCAAAGUACGAGCUCAAGCAGCAGACGGCCCGCUGCAUGGACUGCGGUAUCCCCUUCUGCCAGUCGGACACUGGCUGCCCCAUUGCCAACGUCAUCCCCAAGUUUAACACGCUCGUCUUUGAGGACAAGUGGCAGGACGCGUGGAACCGUCUCAUGAUGACCAACAACUUCCCCGAGUUCACCGGCCGUGUCUGCCCCGCGCCUUGCGAGUCGGCCUGUGUGGCCGGCAUCAACGAGAUGCCAGUGGGCAUCAAGUCGGUCGAGGCCGCCAUCAUCGACCGCGCAUGGGACCAGGGCUGGAUGGUGCCCCGCCCGCCAAAGGUGCGCACCGGCAAGACCGUCGCCAUCAUCGGCUCGGGACCCGCCGGCCUCGCCGCCGCCGACCAGCUCAACCGCGCCGGCCACACUGUGACCGUCUACGACCGCAAUGACAGGAUCGGUGGCUUGUUGAUGUACGGUAUCCCCAACAUGAAGCUGGACAAGGCCAUCGUCGACCGCCGCACGCAGCUCAUGGCCGACGAAGGUGUCAAGUUUGUCACGGGCGCCCACGUCGGUGUCAACGUCGACGCGGCCGAGAUCAAGGCCGCCAACGACGCCGUCGUCGUCGCUACGGGCGCUACGUGGCCCCGCGACCUCAAGCUCCCCGACCGCGACGCAGACGGUAUCCAUUUCGCCAUGGAGUUCCUCCAGGCCAACACAAAGUCCCUCCUCGACUCCAACCUCGAGGACGGCCGUUACCUUAGCGCCAAGGGCAAGGACGUCAUCGUUAUUGGUGGCGGAGAUACCGGUAACGACUGUAUCGGUACCUCGAUGCGCCACGGCGCCAAGUCGGUCACCAACUUUGAGCUCCUUCCCGAGCCUCCCGUCACCCGUGCCGACUCCAACCCCUGGCCCCAGUUUGCCCGUGUCAAGAAGGCCGACUACGGCCACCAGGAGGUCAUGGCCUACACCCAGAAGGACCCCCGCGAGUACUGCAUUUCGACCAAGAACUUUGUCGUCGAGAACGGCAAGCUCAAGGGCGUCAACACUGUGCGCGUCGAGUGGGAGCAGAUCAACGGCCAGUGGAAGAUGGAGGAGGUCAAGGGCUCGGAGAAGUUCUACCCCGCCGACCUGAUUCUUCUUGCCUUGGGCUUCCUCGGUCCCCAGAAGGAGCUCAUCGACGCCAUGGGCAUCAAGCAGGACCCUCGCACCAACAUCCAGACCCCGGCUGGCAAGUACACCACCAACGUUCCGGGCGUGUUCGCCGCGGGCGACUGCCGCCGCGGCCAGUCGCUCAUUGUCUGGGGUAUCAAGGAAGGUCGCCAGGCCGCCGAGGAGGUGGACGCGCACCUCAUGGGCUCCACGCGCCUCGCGUUCCAGGGUGGCAUCCCCCUGCGCUCGUGGCAGGCCCCGCCCAUCACCAAGAAGGUCGACGACGAGUUCAGCGUCACCGUCAAGUCGGCCGGCUCGUCGUCGGGCUCGGACGCCGAGACCGAGACCGAGACCGAGACCGAGUCGAGCGACGUCGUCACCGUCGAGGUCGCCGCCUAG